AUAUUCGUCAAUAAAAUGAUGAAAAAACAACACGUUGGAUCGUUCGAUCUGGACCAAUGUUCACGAUGUUGCGGUCACCUAACACAAAUAAAAUGGCUUGAUAACACUUGUUUGACUCAACUUCUGUUGACCAGAGCCAGAGGAAAAGCAUGCGGCCCACUUUUGGCCCAGACCCCUGCCCCACUACAACCCGACUCUCCAGGAAUACUCCAGAGGCUGGCGGAGAAAACCAGGGAAGUCAAAGCUAAAGUCCAAGAUUUGGGGGAACCAGUGCUGGGCUAUAUUGGCACUUACUAUGAAGACCACAUCCAGCCAGUGACUGACAUCUAUUUUGAAUGGGCCGCUAACGUCAAAAGCUCUGCGUGGGAGAAGAUCCAGACAACCAUUGACAACUACAUGCCGCUGAGAGCAACCAACCCAACUGAUCAACCCCCCCAAAACUAAAGAAAAGAUGACAAUAACUGAAAUGAUCAUGUCUUAAGGUUUCACCGGGUUUUGUGUCAAAUAAAGAAUAUGUGAUAAACCUCUGUAGUAUAUGUGUAUUUGGCUCAGCUUGACCUGCAAGAAAGGCAAAGAGAGAAAGUUAAACAUCAUGAGAGGGAAUAUUUAAAGGCAGCGAUACAUACUAUUAUGUGAUCAGAAGGUAGAUUCACCAACAUAAUAUACAUGGUAUGAUUCGCAUCAUCUGUAGUUUCUUGUAUAAAUAUGCACUUUUGUUGUAGGUGACAAUUUCUGAGUGAGACUUACAUUCAGUAUUAUAGUAUUUUUAUCGGCUGCUGUCAUUAAGUGUUACUAUUUGCAAAAAACUAGAAGUUUGGACAGAAAAAAAUUGCACUGGAAAAAAAAGCCACUUUAAUAAUAAGUACAAAAACAAUGAAUUCAAGUUUUUUUUUGCUUGUAAUAAGUAAAAUAAAAUCUGCCAAAGGAACAAAAAAAUG